UCAACUAUUACAAGAGACUUCCGCCUCAUGAAAAUGCAUUAAUUUUACGAGGCGCAUAGGGAAUAUAUAAGAGGCUCUCUUGCAGUUUUUUAGGAGUUGAAGAAAGCAUUUUAUAUCGUGCUCUAAUCCCGCCUGAGACGUUUCAGGUUUCAAAGAAAGGAAGUAAUUCGGUUCAGUAAACAUGCAAGCUUUGACUCUACUCUUAGCCUUUAUGGCUCUGUCAGCGAGUUGUGAUGCCUAUUACCGAGUUUGUUAUUACACCAACUGGGCGCAGUAUCGACCAUCUGGUGCAAAGUUCUUCCCAGAAGACAUCGACCCAUUCCUUUGCACUCACGUGAUCUACUCCUUCGCCAAAAUCGACGCAGGCAACAGGAUCGCCAUGUUCGAAUGGAAUGACAAUCAAAUGUACGUCCGGUUUAACAAUCUGAAGCGACAGAACCCCAGGUUAAAGACACUUCUGGCCGUUGGCGGAUGGAAUCACGAGAGCGGAACAGUGAGUCCUUUUUCACGUAUGGUGAGCACGGCAGCUAAUCGGAAUGUCUUCAUUACUUCUGUCAUCAGGUUACUGAGACAGUAUAACUUCGAUGGAUUUGACCUCGACUGGGAAUACCCCGCAAACCGUGGUAACUCUCCACCACAGGACAAACAGCGCUUCACAGUCCUUUGCCAGGAGUUAUUGACCGCCUUCAAGGCAGAGUCAUUACAGAGCGGAAAGCGGCGCCUCCUGCUGACGGCAGCCGUGGCCGCUGGCGUGGCAAGAAUUAACAAGGCGUAUGAAAUAAGCAAAUUGGCGAGAACACUCGAUUUUAUCAACUUGAUGACCUAUGAUCUUCGUGGAAGCUGGGAUGGAAGAACAGGACACCACACUGCUCUGGAGGGUCCCCAAGGGGAUACAUUGACGGUCUCGUACGCAGUGCAGUAUUGGAUAAAUAAGGGUAUGCCUAGCAAGAAAAUCGCACUAGGACUGGCUACGUAUGGUCGAGCGUUCAAGCUAUCAAACCCGAGCCAAAAUGGACUUGGAGCACCGGUCAGAGGCAGGGCUACUCCUGGGAGGUACACAAGGGAAGGAGGAUUCCUGUCCUAUUACGAGAUCUGUAAGAUGGGUCUGACAGUGGUGCGGGACAAUACAGUGAAAGCUCCGUAUGGAUACCUCGGAGAUCAGUGGGUGGGGUACGAUGACAGGAGGAGUUUGGUAUUGAAAGUGAAUACCCUGAUCAAAGGAAAAAAUCUCCUCGGUGCCAUGUUCUGGUCGCUGGAUCUGGAUGAUUUUAAGGGUUCCUUCUGUGGCCAAGGAAGGUACCCUCUGAUAAAUGCAGUCAAGCAAUCAUUAGGUGGAGGAGCAGGACCCAUUCCAACGGCUGCGCCUCCUCCCCCACCAAAACCCCAGCCCCCAAGCAAUGCACCCCCCUCUGGAUGCAAGGCUUUAGGACCCUGGAAAGGUAACACAGGAAUGGAUCAAUGGUGUACCAACAACUGUGCCAGGGGGUAUUGCCCCGCGUUUUUGUGCGCAUGCGCAUAAAAAAUUUACUUCAAGUUCUUGUGUGCGUGUGCAUAAAAAUUUCUCGUCUUCAAAAUGCUAACUGACGCUUAGUAAAGUACAAUGUCUGACUAAACACUGCAGCUUGAUGAAAUUAUAUGUAAAACGUUAUUGCCACUCAUGUGAUGUGUUUUGGUACAGCUUUCCAUUAAA